AUUAUUAUUAUUUUGUAGCUAUUAUGAUAAACACGUACGAGACUUAAUCAACAAAAAAUCUCUAUAUUAAUUAAUUCUCAUUAUAUAUAUAUAUAUAUAUUAAUUACAAUCCUCUCUAGCUAGCUAUAGAGAGCCGGCAUGGCUUGGAUUUGGGCAUUGUUUUCUUUUGUCGCUGCAGUCCUCCAUUUUCUCCAAAAACUUGUGAUCAGAAAGAACAAGACCAAGAACAAGGACGCCGAGCACGAAACCCGUAGCCGUCUUCCACUUCCAGGCCCUAAAGCCCUCCCCAUCAUUGGCCAUUUACAUCUGCUGGGCAAAAACCCUCACCGAAUCCUGCGUGACCUGGCCAGCAAGCAUGGCCCCAUCAUGGGCCUGCGCUUCGGCUUUGUGCCGACCGUGGUGGUCUCAUCGCCGGCAGCGGCCGAGCUCUUCCUCAAGACUCACGACCUCGUCUUCGCCAGCAGGCCCCGCCAGGGCGCGGCUCAGCAUCUGAGCUACGGCCAGAGGAACAUGGUUUUCGGGCAGUACAGCCCCUACUGGCGCCACAUGCGGAAGCUCUGCACCGUGGAGCUGCUCAGUGCCAAGAGGAUCCAUCAGUUCCGGGCGUCGAGGAAGGAGGAGAUGGACCUGCUGGUUGGGUCCCUCAGAGGGGCCGCCGAGAGGCGCGAGGUCGUGGACCUCAGCACCUGCAUUUCCAACUUGAAUACGGACAUGGUCUCGGUGAUGGUGUUCGGGAGGAAGAUUGGGGGGAAGGAGCUGGACGGCAAGAGUUUCAGGGAGGUGAUCAUGGAGACCACCGCCUGCGGCGGGAAGUUCAACCUCGGGGACUACUUUCCGUACAUCGGCAGGUUGGAUCUUCAGGGGAUCAACAAGAAGCUGAAGAGACUGAGCGGGGUCUACGACAGGUUUCUGGAGAAAAUGAUCGACGAUCAUCUUCUUCAGAAUCAUGAGAAUAGGAAUUGCAAGAAUAGAGAGGACUUUGUUGACACAAUGGUGGGCUUGUUGGAAUCUGGGGAAUUGGCAGCCUCUGGAUCAUUCGAGUUCGAUCGCCGCCAUGUCAAGGCUGUGCUUCUGGACAUGGUGCUGGCGGGAAUGGACACGUCAGCAGCGGCGGUGGAAUGGGCUUUGGCGGAGCUGAUCAGGGCGCCGCCGGUGAUGGAGAAGCUCCGGAAGGAACUGGAGUGCGCGGCGGCGGGGAGGGCGGUGGAGGAAUCGGAUGUGGAGAGGCUGGAGUUCCUGGACAUGGUAGUGAAGGAGACGCUGAGGCUCCACCCGGUGGUGCCGCUGAUGGUCCCGCACGAGUCGCGGGAGGACUGCGUAGUGGAUGGGUUCUACAUUCCCGGCAAGAGUCGAGUGAUCGUGAAUGCGUGGGCGAUCGGGAGGGAUCCCGGCGCGUGGGGUCACGACCCCGAGGCAUUCCGGCCGGAGAGGUUCGCCGGAGGGAGCGAGCAGGUGGAGUUGGGCGGGGGGCGCCACUUCCAUUACGUACCGUUCGGGGCGGGAAGAAGAAGCUGCCCGGGAAUCCAGCUGGGAGUGACGGUGGUGAAGUUUGCGGUGGCGCAGCUGGUGCACUGCUUCGAUUGGGAAUUGGCGGCGGCGGAUGAUUUGGACAUGAGCGAGCACUUCGGCCUGGUGACCGCUAGAGCUCAGCAUCUCAUGGCUAUUCCCAGAUACCGAUUGCUAAAUUAAUGAUUAAUCACUCAAAUCAUCUAUAUAUACAUACAUAGUCAGCCUAAGCGAAGGAUCGAAUAAUGAAUAUUCAUUCACUUGAAAAAUUCAAAAAGAUAUAUUGAUUAGUGAAUAAGUUGAGUACAAUUAAGGGCCAUUCCCAUUUUGAA